CCAUACGUUAACUGGCCAUUAACGUAGAUUCCAUUGGACGUCGACCAGAAUGUUUAACUGUUGUUAUGUGUUAAUGUUUCUGGCCUAAGAUCUGUCCGGAACUCCAUUGCUUCAGUAAUCCGUCCAAUAUGGGGGGCCCAGAUCGGUCGAAGGCUGUGAAGUAUAUCCAGCAGCUCGACCAGGCACAAUGUGGUGGUGAUUGGGAGGCCGUUCCGAAUUUGGUUCGCAAGAUCAGGAAGCACGCCCCUGCCCGAGCAUGUCUUACACUCGCUGCGAAUGCUACCCAUGCCGUUCAACAAGCCAUAAGACACCAACCCUCGACGGGCACGAACCCAGAAAUUACAAGUCUCGUCCAAUACGUACCCCCCCUUAUCGGAGCCAUCGAUGCGGAACACGACCACCCCGAAGAUGUCUUCCAGGCUCAGGUCGCUCUUGGAUGGGUACAUUGGGCGCUCGGCGAACCAGAGCUUGCCGCCCUGCGACUGCCGAAAGACAUUGAAGGGGAUUUCUCGCUGCUCGAUGGGACUUCAAAACAAGCGACGGGGUGGACGCGCACUUGCGCUUUGAAGGCGAUAUACAUAAAAGGCGUGGCCCUAGAGAAGUCUAGGUCGCUGGGUGAUGCGAUUGAGGUAUUCGAAUCGGGGAUGCCAAUCGUUUCUGCGACGGCAUCAGAAUUGAAGAAAGCGUCGGAGCUGCGCAAGUGGACGGAGCUGUUGUUGACGAAGUUCUGCCUAAUCACGAGCCAGUCCAUAAAGAGCAAUGCUUCACCGAGGAUGGAGGCAGAGACGUUGGUGGCAUUCCGAGCAUGGGCGGACUUCUGGGAAAGACUGGCCAGCUCGUCGACGGCCGCAGUUGGGGGAUAUGCAACGGAAGCGGAUGUGCCGAGACGGCUGAUUUGGAAAGAAUAUUAUGCCACACUUUCGUUUAUUGUCCAAGGCGACCUGCCGUACCCAUCCACCGCCCUGGGGGCUACCAGCAACAACCACGGAAUGAGGAUCAUACAGCGAGGCGAAUUGGCGCGAGUGGAAGCACGAUACGAAUUUCUACUUCUCAAAGAGGCGCAUUUCCCAAAGGCGGAACAAAGCAGUGAAGAGAUUGAAGAAUUGGUUGAGCUUGUGUUAGGCAACUGGGCGGUGCUGUGUGGCGGCUGUUGGGAUGAGCACGAUCUCGGAUCUGGUGGGAGAGUUGGCAUCAGCCGUAGUGUGCUCGAAAUCCUCUACAGGGCCGCCACGAAAACGUUCCAUUCAACCCAGAUUCUACGAGGCCUCUUCACAGUCCAUCUAGCUCUCGCCGACUUUGAACUAGCCUUCAAAGCCUUUGACACUUACUUUGAGAUUGUCAACAAAGGGAAACAACGGGUGCAAAAGACAGGAGAGCCGGAACAUGCACUGGACAGCAACGAGGAUGUAUUAGUCACGGCAUCCAAGUGUAUAAGGGCCCUUUGCCAAUUUGGUGGGGUUUCCGGGGCUGAGAAAGCAAAGAAACUUGCCCAUUUUUUCGAGUCAUGGUUAGAACAGCAUGACCCGUCACAUAGCCAGGAGGAGUUGACCAAUGGCGACGCCAACGGGGUUACAAUUGGCAACAAAAAGCUACUCGAUAGUGGUAGUGCCGCGGAACACACAUCCACAGUGUCACCUCGUGUGUAUGCGCACGCCUGGCGUGCAAUUGGCAUAAGUAAUGCUCAAUGGGCACGCUUGACCCCUGAUGCGAAAUCACGACCUGAAUACCAAACGAAAGCUAUCACGAAUCUACGAACAGCGCUUAAACCAGAGUACGGAUGCACUGAUGACGUUGAUACCCUAUUUGCACUUGCAUUGGUGCUUUCAGAGAGACGACAGAUCGGAGAGGCCAUCCAGAUUGUUGGUGCUGCAUUAGCACCACAACGAAAUGUCGACAAAGCCUCAAAUCCUGCCAAAUAUGUCCGAGAGAGAUCUCUAAUACGUUUAUGGCAUUUGCUAGCACUGUUGCUCAGCGCGAAAGAUCAAUUUACAGAAGCAUCCCAUGCUUGCGAGGGCGCCUUUAAGCAAUUUGGGGACCUCAAAGCCCUUUUCGGAGAGGGGGAAGGAGACUACCAGAGCGAGCAUUUGAAUGGCAUGCAAGAAAAACACAGUGCGGCUAUUGACGAUAUGGACGACUAUGAGAAGGAGGCAAUUAUUGAAGUCAAAAUGUCUCAGUUGCUUCUUAUCGAGAUCCAAGAUGGCCCAGACGUUGCAGUCAACGGAACCGAAGAGCUUCUGAGCCUCUACUCGAGGCUUUUUGGCCAGACACAAAUUCCGUUUGCCGUUCCAAGGAAGUCGCAGCAAAUCCCUCCGACCACCGGAACUAGCACUCUUCGCAGCGUUAAAGGCAGCAUAUUUGGACGGUCAAAACGCUCCAACCGCGAUGCAUCUGGUGCCACAACCUUUGCCUCGUCUACGGCCGAAAAUGUAAGCACGCCUUCCCGGCCACCAACCUCUCAUACGACGGCAAGCGCAGCUCCAAAGAUCCAGGUGACAGGAGAGAGUGGCGCGCCAGCAAAACUCACGCGGCGGAGCCAGCACCCCUCAACAAAGUCCAACAAGGGAGACAAAUUGGCCCAUAAGUUGAGCCACGCUAGCAUCCGUAAUCGGAGCGUAGCUACCUCGAAAGCGGCGUCAAACCCAGCGAGUGACGGGGAGAUAUCGCCUACGAAUGUAGUUGAUAGCAUAUCCCAGCAGGCACGGGAAGCGCCACCGAGACCUAACGGACAGGGUACGAAGUCGUUGAACUCAUAUUCACUAUUGCCUUUCAGCAGCCCAGCAACGCGCUUGCCGCCGAGUAAAUCGCGACGACACCACAUUGGGAUACUAGUGCGUGUCUGGCUCCUGAUAGCCGGUUUCUACCGCCGCGCAGAGCAAUAUGAGGAUGCCAAGGUCUCCAUUGAAGCCGCCAGCGAGCUCGUCGAAGGUCUAGAAGAGGAUGUCCUGCGCGAUGAGAGUGGGCAACUUCUCGUCGACGCACGCGAGUGGGGAGUAGGGAAGAGCGUCGAGGAGCUCUGGGCGGACGUGUGUGCGGAGCGUGGACAAGUCUCCCUCGCGGAAUCGUGGCCAUUCGUAGCUCUAUCGCACUUCGAGGCCGCACUAACGCACUUCCCCGACCACCCCGCCGCCAUUGUAGGACUCUCCAACAUCCUCCUCGACAUCUCAUCUGAGGUCCUCGUCUACCCCCCUUCCAUCCCCACCAUCGCGACGCCGCCGUCUUCUUCCGCUUCCGCAACCCCCACCUCUCACAAACCAUCAACUCACACCUCCACCACCUCGACACCACUCGGGCUUCCGCCGCCGCCCUCGCAGGGCCCAGCACCGCCUACAACAAAACUUUCGCUCUUCGACAGGCUGGCCGCGCGUGAUCGUGCGCAUGGGUUGCUAGAUCGCUUGACGAAGCUUGGUGGGGGAUGGAAUGAUAGUGAAGCGUGGUUUGGGCUUGCGAGAGCGUACGAGGAUUCGAGGAUGGAGGGGAAGGCGAAGGAGGCGCUGUGGUGGUGUGUGCAGCUGGAGGAGGCGAGGGGGGUGAGGGGAUGGGAAGCGGUUGGGGGUGGGAUUGCUUGA